AGAAGAACGCUUUAGGAGCAAUUAGCAGCGAGCCGAAGGCGGCGGCUGCAGUGGCCGCCGCAGCCCGGGAGGAAGCGAGGGCAGCUUCGCAGCAGGCACCGCUCGCUCCAGCUGCAAAAAGGUUUCAGAUGUCCCACCGCUGCCUGACCCCCUGCAAAUAAGGGCUGACCACCAGAGGCACAUCCCACCUCUGACUUUUAAUCGCUGACAUUUAGGCUACAGCUUCCAACCUGUUUACAACCAAAAGGGGAGAGAAAGGAAAGGAAGGGCGGGGGGAACAAGUUGCGAUUUCUCCCUCUCUUUCUCUGGAUUUUUUUUUUCUUUUAAUACUGUUCUGGAGAAUUCAAAGCAAAACAAAGAAACUUCCUCCUCUGGGGUUGUCAGUGAGAAAAGGACGAGUUGUGCAACUGGUUUGGGUUUUGCAAAAAGACAAGAGGGUGGGGAUCAGAAGAAGGUGCAAAGCCACAAAGUGUGAGUGUGUGUGUGUAAAGGUGCAUAUGUGAAAAAGCUAUUCCGCACCCCUCUCCGUUGGUUAUUAUUUAUUUUUGUUAUUGCUGUUGUUGUUGACUUUGCUGUCAUCUAUUUUUCAGACCUUUCUGCAUCUAAGAUAGUGAAGAAAGGAGUGAGGAAGUGAACAAAAUAACUCCUGGGAAGUCUCAAACAAGGUUGGGGAGUGUGUGUGUAUGUGGGGGGGUGGGGAAGGGAAAAAGGAAAGAGGAUUAACCACAGCAACACCACCACCACCCCCCCCCAAAAAAAAAAAACCAAAACAAAAAAACACACAACCAACAGCUCUUUUUUUCUGAGGGAGGACUCGAAGGAUUAAAAGGCAGCAACUUCUGAGGCGAUUUGUCCCCUGAGUUAUGGAUGUUGGUGCACUUACUUCAGGCCUGAUCAGAGCUCAGAGGGAUCUAACCAGAAGCAGCAACAACCGUCUCUCCACUUGCCUUUUACCAGGUUUUACCCUUCCAGUAUGUUUCAUUUGAUAAGACAUUUUCCAGCGCCCAGAGUUUCAGUACAAUGUGCAAAUGGAUACUGACAAAUGGUGCCUCAGCCUUUUCCCACCUGCCUUGUUGCUGCUUGCUGCUGCUCUUCUUGGUGUCUUCUGUGCCUGUCACCUGCCAUGACCUCGGCCAGGACAUGCUGUCCCCGGAGGCCACCAACUCUUCUUCAUCAUCAUCCUCCUUCCCCUCGUCCUUCUCCUCUCCUUCCAGUGCGGGGAGACACGUGCGGAGCUACAAUCACCUUCAAGGAGACGUGCGCAAGAGGAAGCUCUACUCUUACAACAAGUAUUUUCUCAAGAUCGAGAAGAACGGCAAGGUCAGCGGCACCAAGAAGGAGAACUGCCCCUUCAGCAUAUUGGAGAUAACAUCUGUAGAAAUUGGAGUUGUGGCAGUUAAGUCUAUUAAGAGCAACUACUAUUUAGCCAUGAACAAAAAAGGAAAAGUCUACGGCUCUAAGGAGUUUAAUAGUGAUUGCAAAUUGAAGGAAAGAAUAGAAGAAAAUGGAUAUAACACAUACGCAUCCUUAAAUUGGAAGCACAAUGGAAGGCAAAUGUUUGUGGCUCUGAAUGGGAGGGGAACCACAAAGAGAGGACAGAAAACAAGAAGGAAAAACACUUCUGCUCACUUUCUUCCCAUGGUGGUCAUGUCAUAGAUGAACAAGCUAUUUCUUUGAUGAAGCUGAACCAAAGACUGUUAUGUCAAGAAUAUUUGGUAAUUCUCUUAAAGGGUAAAAGCAGAGAAAUAGCCCAGACAUCUAUCUGCAUGUUUGAAAUGAGAGCAGGGGAAGCCUUUGAAGGUUUUGUACUUAUUGCUAGCACAUGAAAUACCUUUAUUUAGUUUGUUGUCGUAUCUUAUAAUCAAAAUGCAAGCUGGAUCAAAGGGGAUGGAAUUUAUUGCCAGUGUGAACAUUUUUUUUUUUUUUUAAUCACUGCAACAGACCUUGAUGGACAUAAGACAAUCUGUUGCGUGAUCUUCAUGGGGAAUGCUAUUUAUGGAAUACUAACUCAUAUCAAAGUCCUUAAUUGCUCAUUCAAGCCUAAUGAUUCAAUGAACAGUUAGACACGCAAGCAUUUACUGGAAGCACUUGGGUCAUAUGCACAAAUAAUGACAUUUCUGGAGAAGCCUUUUGGAAGAAUGGAUAGGAUAAGCAAAGUAGUAUAUAACUGUUCUAACAAAAUGAAUAGUAUGGUUUGCUUGUAUGUUCUAAAUUUGUUUCUUUUUAUUUCUCUCUAAGUUAUUUAUUUAAUAGGAUGUUAAAUAUCUUUUUUAUUUGAAAUAUUUUCCUCAUUUGCUUCUUUGUUAUUUUCCCUUUUUCUUAGUACUUCACAGAGAGGUUGAUAGAGUAAGAUGUCAAAACCUCAGAAGUACUCUGAGAAUAGGUAUUAGACAAGGCUUUAAAGGCAGAAUUUAAAGUGUAUACUCCGUCUUUUUUCUAGACUAUCUUGCACUUAAGCAAAAGACCAAACAAGCAGUGCUUGGAUUUAUGGUAUUGGCUUCUUUAUAUUGGAGAAAUUUUUGUAGUUAUAAGCACUCAAGAACAAACUUCAAAAAAUACUUUGUUCAAAGGGUCUUUCUGCUAUUUUGAAAUUGAGAGGAGGGACCACAUCUGUACUUGGAUGUCAAUGCAUCUGUGUGUAUAUUCAGCUGACUUUGAUUUCAGUUUGGAGCUAGGAUCUAACGCAUCGCAAUCAGCGUGAUAUUCUGUAGCACACAUUGGGCUGGAACCUAGAUGUGGACAGCCCUGUUACAGUCACUGAGAUUACAAAUGUUGAAAUUAAACACUAGUGUGUAAUUCCUAAGUAUAACAUUUGGCCUCUGAAAGCUAAGCAAGAAGGCAACACAGUCCUUCACUCCUUAUUCAGAUAAUGCUCUCAUUCACCUAUUUGCCAUUGGUACCAACUCGUAGAAUCACAUGCAUAUAGUGAGAGCAAUAUCUAAUUCAGGACUGAGAGACAGAAGAUCCAAAAUCAUGCUCAUCCAUUUUUCAGAGAUUAUUACUCACAUGUAUAUUAUAUAUGAGAGCCAACA